GAAUCCUAGACAAAAUCCCCCGAGGGCUGGCUCAAUCUCCAACGGCGAACUCAAUUGGCAACCUAGUGAAUGGUCGUCAGUUCUUUUCGGAAAGAAUCUUUUUCCUACUCAUCAUGUUGUCAGCAUCAAAGAUCAUCAAGCCAGCUGGUGAGAAGGCCGACGAGUUUGAAAACUCGAUCGCUCAUGCCCUUCUUGACUUGGAGCUGAAUUCCGACCUGAAGGCUCAGCUUCGUGAACUUCACAUCAACGCCGCCAAGGAGGUGGACGUUGGCGGUAAGAAGGCCGUCAUCAUCUUCGUGCCAGUGCCCCAGCUUCGGUCUUUCCAGAAGAUCCAAACUCGCCUGGUCCGCGAGCUCGAAAAGAAAUUCUCUGGCAAACAUGUUGUCUUCAUUGCCCAAAGGAGGAUUCUGCCCAAGCCUACUCGCAAGACUAAGCUGCGCAUCAAGCAAAAGCGUCCCUUCAGCCGUACUUUGACAUCUGUGCAUGAUUCAAUCCUUGAAGAUUUGGUCUUCCCUGCUGAGAUUGUUGGCAAGAGGAUCCGCAUCAGGUUGGAUGCUACACGCUUGAUCAAGGUCCAUUUGGACAAGAAUCAGCAGACCAACAUUGAACACAAAGUUGAGACAUUUGCUGCUAUCUACAAGAGGUUGACUGGAAAGGAAGUAACUUUUGAAUUUCCUGAAGCCUAUUUGUAAAAGAUUCUUGGCUGUCUUCUGUUGCUGUGGGUAUUGAAGUAAACAAUACACAUUCGGUAACAACCACA